CGGGGACCCUAAACAAAGUGUCGUGAGCGAGUGUACAGCGGUGCAGUCUCUGUAGCAGUGUUCCAUCAAUACUGUAUUCAAACUGCAAUUUCAAUGGCUGGAAAAAAGAAAGAAGCGAGCCUGCAGGUGGCUAUUACUAAUCAAGGGCAAUGGGAUGAGUUGCUGGCAACAAAGGGAUUAAUAGUGGUGGAUGUGUAUCAACGGUGGUGUGGACCCUGCUGUGCUGUCUUCAGUUUGUUCCGUAAAAUUAAGAAUGAGCUGGGGGACAACUUGCUGCAUUUCGCCACGGCAGAGGCAGACAGCGUGGACUCCCUGCAGAGAUACAGGGGGAAAUGUGAGCCCACCUUCGUGUUCUACGGAGGGGGCAGUCUGGUGGCUGAGCUACAUGGGGCUAACGCCCCCCUCCUGCAGAAGAUGGUGCUGGAGCAGCUGGAGCAGGAGAAGAGAGUGAUGGAGCAGGGUGCAGAGAGAAGGGUGAUGCAAGAGGAGCUGAUGGAGAAAGACCUGGGCAUCACACACAAUGAGCAAAUUCCUGUCCAUAAAUCUUAUACAAUAGCAGUGAUAAAACCAGAUGUCGUCACACAUGGCAAAACCAACGAAAUUAUCAUGAAGAUUCAGGAGGCUGGCUUUGAGAUCACAGGCCAGGAGGUGCGAAUGCUUACCAGGGCUGAGGCAGAAGACUUUUACCAGCAUAUGGCUGCAGAGUCUUACUUCAGAGAGCUGGUGCAGAUCAUGUGUAAUGGCCCCUCUCAUAUCCUGCUGAUAUCCCAUCGGGAACAGUCGGUUGAUGUCAUCCAGACUUGGAGGAAGUUCACUGACACAGCAACCAUGGAGGGGGCCAAAGGAGAGGUGACAGACAGCUUGAAGGGGCAGUGUGGUGCCAGCUUGUUGUCCAAUGCAUUGCAUGGCUGCAGUGACAGAUCUCAGGCCAACAGGGCGCUGGCCUUGUUCUUCCCCGGCUUAAGACAUGCAUUUGCAUACUCGCAGGAUGGAGCAGAGGAAAGCACUGUGGAGAGGACCCUGGCGCUGAUUCCUCCAGCAAUAAGCAGAGAGGACAUCAUCCUUCGUAUCCCGGCUAUUGGACUUAACAUAGUCAUGAAGAGGGAGCUACUGUUAACAGAGGAGCAAAUCAGGCAGUUUUACUGGCAGCAUCUGCAAGAGGAUCAAUUCCCAACUCUUCUGAAGAGCAUGAGCAGGGGGCCCAUCCUUGCCCUUGUCCUCUCUGGGCAUGACGCUGUGAAGAAGUGGAGGAGUAUGCUGGAUGUUGAUUGGGCCCAACAAUCUUCAGACAGUCUAGCAGCUGACUUAGUGGCACAUGGUGAGUCCAUCAACCUGCUGUACGGCAGUCACACUGCCGACCAGGCCGAGCAGGAGAUUCAGGUUGUCUUCCCACCAGAGAAGACACUGGCACUCAUAAAACCAGAUACCGCUGAGGAGCAUAAAGAUGAGAUUCUAAAGGCAAUCCAGGAUGCUGGAUUCUCCAUCCUUCAUAUGAUGGAGGUCUGCCUGUCUCAGGUUGACAUUGAGAAGCUAUACAGGAAGCUACAGGACAAACCCUUUUUCAACCAGCUGGUGGAUUUCAUGUGUAGUGGGCCCUGUAUGGCACUUAUCCUUAGCAAAUACAGAGCUGUGCAAGAGUGGAGAGCAAUGAUGGGCCCAAAUGACCCAUGCCAGACCCAUGAGAUUACCACAGAAUCCCUGCGGGUCCGUUUUGGCAAGGACAUUCUACAUAAUGCUGUGCAUGGCUCCUCCAGCCCAGAGCGCGCCAAAGAGGAGAUCCAUCUUGUGUUUGGAGAUGUCUGCAGGGAAGAGAAUCAAGCGUCCCUGCUGCAUGGCAAAGAAAGAGCACUGGACAGUCAACUACCUUUGGAGGGGAGCAAGGCUAAUGUGAAGGAUGAGCUGCAGCACCCAUCCACGCCUACCAUGAUGCUGGAGGGAGAGGCUGGGGAAGGGGUCCUAUAGUUCGGCACAGCCACCACCUCAGCACCAGAGGAUAUACAUCCUGAACAGGAGAAAACACCUACAUGGUGAUGAAUGUACUACACCAGAUACACAGGAAAAAAACACCCUGCACAAAGGAAAUUUAGAUUAACUCCAGAAUAUAUAUGGAUAUAAUCCUGGAAGAGAUUCCAGCUCAUCACCAGACACACUCACAUGUUGACACUUGUUCACCAAACUGCAAGGAUUUGGAUUUUGGGGGAAGUAAGUAUCUGGAGAAAAAAAUUUAACGGAAAGGGUAUGUACACAUCAAAACAGAUCUAAACACUGAAGACUAUGCAAUUGAUUAUUUUGAAUUCUUGUAAACCUGCUUGCCAAUUCAAAUUAGUUUUCUGCUGGUUGAAAAAUAUGAAAUAAUUUUACUGUAUUAUACGUACAAGCUAAAUAUGAACUAAAUCAGCAAAGGUGCGGCAUUAUUUUUUGAACGAUAUCCGUUUUUGUAAUUAGUGUCCUUUAAUCCUUUCAGUUAUUAUUUUCAUUUCCUGAUGUUUAGUCU